UUUCCAACUGCACCAACAUUAUUUGUUCAAGUAGAUAGAUGACUGUUUGACUUGCAUUGAAGUCGUGUUGUGCGUUUAUUGAAUUAUUGAAUACGAUCUGAACAAAACUUUGAAGUUAUUUUAAAGCUGAAGUUUUUACGAGAAAAAAAUCACAAUGGGUAUCAGCGUUAUUCCAAGUCUAUUGGAUGAAAAAAAUGUAGCAACAUUGGGUGCCAAAACGAUCGCUGAAAUCUGCAAGACAGGAAGAUAUUACAGACAUCCAGAUUCAGCUCUGAUAUCAUACCCGUUGGUGGUAGCUGAUAAAAUUGGAAAAAUUCCGGACAAUAAAGAAUUAAAAAUCGCUGUAAUAGGUGCAGGAGUUGGUGGUAUCGCUUCGUGUUAUGAAUUAUCUCGAUUGGGAAAUAGCGAUAAAAUUCACGUUACUCUGUACGAGUCGGAUCCGGAAAAUUUUAUUUUUGCCCCUCCGGUUGUCAAAGUCAAGACAGCAGGAUUAAAAACUGGAAGAGUUUUUGCAGCUCGAAGCCAAAGCAGUGAUACCAAUCAAGAUGAUGGCGAUAAGGACUCCAAGCCUGGUGAUAAAACAGUAUACGAGAUCGGCGCGAUGAGAUUUCCAGAAAUAGCCGGGUUGACUUGGCAUUAUGCCAAUUCUGUAUUCAAAGAAGACACAAAAGUUGAUGCGUUCCCCAAUCCGGGAACUGUUGCAACCGAAUUUGUAUUCGGUGAUCGUUCAGACAGAUACUCCAGGGAUGAUGGAUGGUUGAAGGAGAAUUCGCCUACAGAACGUGUAUAUAAAGUUGUUCGAGCAGGCAUAUUUGGUCCCCCGGAAAAAGAAACCCCUUGCUAUUUUCUCAUCGGUGGUAAAAAUCCGUGCGACGUAUCUGAAGAAUUGAAGAAAGAAUAUACAAAUACUGAGGACAAGAAGCGAUUGGAAGAAAUAAAUCAAGAAUGGAAAGAAUUUGCCAUAAAAUACGACGGGCUGACUUUGGAAGCUGCUAUACGACAAAUCAUACGAGCUGAGGUUGAAAAAGGUACAUUGCCGGAUAUCGAAGGGUUGGCCAAAGGUGAAGCAAAAGUAAACUAUUACACCGAAUUAUUUGGUUGUUUUGGUUUCGGUACAGGUGGAUUUAAAUCCAUUUCUAACCAGUCGCUUACUGAAAUGAUGAGAAUACUGUUAUGGGACUAUGCAAACGAGUACACUUUGCCAGUCAACGAAAACGUCGAUUUUAUUGCGCAAUUGUACCAAAAAGCCAAGAUAGAAAACAAGUUGAAUGUAGAUACGAAAUGUGCUCGUGUUUGCGACGUUUGCCACGAAGCAUCCACUGAUAAAGCAUUGGUAUUUUCAUACAAUAAGACUUCAACUGGUUCUGGAGUAGUCGUAGAAGAUACCCUACCGGAUAAGCAAGAGUUCGACUACGUUAUUUUGGCAGUAACGCCGAAACAAAUGAAUUCCAUCAUAAGCAGAGCCGGAUUUAGUAAUGCAGCUCGCAAGAUACGUUUCGGCGAUUACAAUCGGCAGUAUCCUGAUGAAGUGGAAGCACGACCUCCGCUAACACUGUCCAAAAAUUACGAUACGCCCAACUCCGAAAUAUUUACAGCAGUUAAUCAAAUCCACAUGAUGAGUUCGUCGAAAAUCUUUGUAACCAUAAAGGAAGAUGAUUUCCUGAAGUACGCGCCAAAUUUCAAAAAAGAAGGUAAUAAAAUAAAAGCCAUCGUAUCAGAUUGCGGUUUAGCAUGCAGCUAUAUCGUUCCCAGUCCUUUUUCGAAACCGAUAGUAAAAGAUGGUGUGAAAUAUUACAGUUUAUUACUUAGUUACAAUUGGGAAGAGGAUACUAAACGUAUACAACACCAUUUGUACGAAUAUCCGAUAAAUAAGUACGAUGAUUCUGCAGCCAACAAAAAAAUGAUAGAAGCAGCCAUUAAUCGUACAAUACGUGAGGUUAGAGAUCCUGAAGAUGGAACUUACAAGCCUUGGUGGUUUGGUGAAUUGUUGAGUAAGUCUGUAUUGAGCGAUCCAUUGUCGCAUGAUUGGACCACCGAUUAUUCAGCUGGUGGGUUCAAAUUGGAUACGACUGGAAAUCAUUACAACAGCAAUUUAUGUUUUCGUUACCAUACCCACGCUGUUGAUCCUACGUUGAAGAAUAGGUUCUUCGUGGCCGGUGACAGCUACAGUCAUUUAGGCGGAUGGAUCGAAGGUGCGUUUAUGAGCGCCAUAAAUGCGGUAACAGGAUUAGUUGUCGCUGCAAACGAUGGUGAUAUUGGAGCUUUGGAACCAGAAGCACGAAAAGUGAUCACAACUUUGGAUAAAGUGGUGUCAGCUUAAUUUUUAGACUCGUUUAUACAUACAAAGUAGAUCAAAAUACGCGUAUUUGUAGAAAGAUAAGCAUCUAAAAUUAACGUCCCUGCUCCCUGGUGACCAAUCAAUGAAUCAUUUUAUCAUUCAUGAUUAUCUACCUAUACGUAAAUUUAAUUAGGUAGGUACUUAUAAUAGGUAUGCAUUUCACGUAGCAACUUAUAAAAUUAUAUUCGCAUUAAUAGAUAGUACUUAGAUAGAUGCAUUACUAAUACGUAUUAUAGAUAAGUACCUGGGAAAUAGGAAAACGUGUUUUUAUUUAAUUAUUUAACUAUUUAUUUCUUCAAAAAAAUAAACUACCUACUCACGUAA